AUGGAUGUUAUUAAUAUUGCCUUAAAGAAGGCUAUUAAUAUUGAUAUUGUUAGACCUGACGAUAAAAUGCCUUUUAUGGAGCGUGACACCAAUCAGGCAAUUACAAGGAUUAUAAGAAAUAUUGGAAAUCAUAUUAAAGGUUCUAAGUCCAAAGCAGAUUUUGACAUCCUUGUUAGUGGUGGAGCUCCUGGAAUAGGUAAAACUCGGUUUGGACAGGAACUAUUCAAACACCUGGAAGGUAGUCAGAACGACUGGGUCCCUUCUGAAUGGACAAAUCUACAACUUAAAGAUCUCUAUUUAGACUUCGGUAAUGGGUGUCGACUUGAUUCAUAUGAUGAUGAGCUAACUCCAACAGUCAUCAUCGGACUGCGGAUUGCCUACGUGUUUUUUAUUGAAAGAAAAUAUGAUAUGAAGUUUAUAACUUUUCGCGAUCGAGUUUGGGAGUAUAGAGAAAAUUUCAAAAUACCCAAUGUUUUCGAAUGUAUUUAUGAUCAUUUAAUCCAACUCAAUAGACAGCUCUUUGUGUUUCUUCAUAUUGACGAGUUUCAGCUCAUUGAUCGGUGGGAGUGUGACGCAGUUAAUGAAAGGAAAAUGCCAGUAAAACAGCUCUUUAAAGAAAUGAUCAAUGGCCUUGCAUCGUUCAUGCUUGGUCCACCCUCCCGUAUCUAUGUCCAGACAUUUCUUUCUGGAACAACACCACAAGUCGUUAUCUCUGCAAAAGAAUCAUCAAGGGUUUCAUUUGGAUUCGUCAAUUGCCCACAACUGUCAUUCAAAGCACUGCUUAAUAUUGCAAAUCAUUAUGCACAAAAAUACGAUGCAGAAAAAUUCGCCUGUGGUACGUACAAAUGGAUGCUUUGUCGACCAUUUCUCCAACUUUUGGAAGACACUGGAGGAUUGCCUCGUGCACUUCAGUACAUUUUUGACGUGUGCUUUGAAAUCGAAGUUAAUGGAAAGAAAUUCUUCGAUGAUAUUUAUCAACAGCACUUUAAUACCAUCUUUUAUAAUGUCAAACACCAUCUUCAAGAACGCUACAACAUAUACGAAACCAUCGAGAAGAAUGAAAAACUUGCUUUAGAGCUUCUUUUUCACAGUAUUGAUGCAAUUCCUGUUCAUCGUAAGACAUGCCUAGAUCCAAGCGAUCAAGACUGUACAAUCGAAAACCUCGAGCGUGACGCCCAUAUUAUUCUCAAUCCCCGCAAUGCCACUUCCUCUGAAUUUACCAUCAAGAUGCCUUUCUUUUUUAUCUGCUUAUACAAUGAUAAAUUAAAAAUCAUAGACUCCAAUCUAGAAGAGACACUCCGGGUACAAAACUCUAUGCAUUGGCAAGAUUGGGAACUUUUUGUGGCAUACUACGAGACAUUUUGCACGAACUUGCUAAAUUUUGAGGUUAGGUUAAAGAAACUUUCUGUCCGUCGAGCACAAGAGCAGUUCCCAUGUUUAAAGUUAACAGAAAAAGAUUCUGCAAAGUCCAUUCCCUGGGAGAAAGGCGAAGAUGUAAUUGUCAAUGGUGUGUCUGCUAAAUGGGGAAAUUCAUUUAGAGUUUUGGAAGCAGUUCAAGGUGAUCGUUUCUUAAGUAUUCACCAAGCCAAAUAUGACUAUAAUUCGGCUACAUACACUUUAAAAGAUCUUUUCAAUGAACACACUAAGAAUUGUGAGACUUCCGCUUUUAAUACUACAAAGCAGAUUUUCGAUAAACUUGCUGAUUACCGUCACAUAACGAUUGUUUUCACAACACAACCAUUUUAUGAAAUAGUUCCAUAUGACGAUUGCUUUGUUAUUUCGUGUAACAAUUUCGAACAGUGCUUUGGGCCUGUAUUUUCUUCUCGUGCUACAUUUGCCUUGACAAAAAACAUCAACCCCAACUUUUCAGAACUACAAAGGAUGGUGGAAUGUCUUCCCGGGGUCGGUGAUGUCACUGCUGAAAACAUUAUUAUAAAUCGGCCAUAUAAAAGUGAGGAUGACUUCUUUAAAAAGCAUAGUCGGGCUAAACGAGGAAAGGAGAAGCAUGAGCAUGAGAAUCCCGAAAAGAAACUCAAACUUGACUUCUACCCAUUUAAUGUGUAA